AUGUACGACGGACCUCGAGAGGAGGUUCACGACGGAGUACAGCCUAGACAACCUUGCGAACCCAGGUAUGCGCACGAAAAGAAAGAAGAUACAGCCAGGAAGAAGAAACGGUUCUCGUUGCCUGCAGUGGCGGUGCAGACGGUGCCUAUCCUAGCGCGCUCCGCUCCUGUUAGGAAUUCGCAUGGUGGCUGGGGGAAGCGAGUUUCGGUUGUGCUUGGUGCGCGGGCAUGGGGAAGGAAUGGAGAAAGGGAGAGUGGGAGUGAGAGGGAGGGGAGUACGCGUUCUUCUUUGUCGUCUUCUCGGGAUGAUCAAAGUAUGCAUUCGCCAUCUCGGGGGGAUAAGGUUGGAAAGGCUGGUAGAGAUAGCUCUGCGGCGAAGGCGCUGAUGGAUGUGUUGAGAGGGAGGCGGGGGAAAGGGAAGGCGUAG